AUGCGGGACACAACCUCAGAGGAGGCGGCGCCGCUGCUUCCCAGCUCUACUACACUCCAUGCCUCGACGUAUUCAGUCUCUGCGAUGGCCUCAAAGAUCAAAGAUGCCCUCUGGGGCCCGCCGUCGGUCGAGCGCUCGCUGCUGAUCAAGCUGGAUUUCACCGUGCUCAUCUACUUUUCCGUCGUGUGGUUCUUGUUUGGCAUCAACCGCGCCAGCUACAGUACGGCCUACAUCAGCGGCAUGAAGGAGGACCUCAACUUUCAGGGCAAGGACUACAACUACAUGCACACGAUUUAUCUAGUCACCUACGCCGUAUUUCAAAUCCCCUCAACCUCGCUCUUGACCGUCGUCAAACCCCGCUACAUCUUCGUGGCAGCAAACACAGUCUGGAGCGUCCUCACCCUCGUCACUUUCCGAGCAUCACACGUCUACCAACUCUUCAUCCUCAAUGGAUUCGAGGGCGCCUUUUCAGCCAUUGCAUAUGUCGGCGCGCACUUCAUCUAUGGAUCGUGGUACAAGCAAUCCGAGCUCGCCACCCGCGCGGCAGUCUUUUGCGCCUUUGGCAACCUCGGCAACAUGGCCGGAGGCUGGAUCCAGGCGGGCCUCGUGGCGUCUCUGUCGGACGGUCCCAUCGAACCCUGGCGACUCAUUUUUAUCGUGGUUUCGUGCAUCACCAUUCCCUUUGCCAUCUUUGGGUGGUUCGCGAUCCCCGACCUGCCAGAGCACCGCGCAGCCAAGUUCCUGACCCCGGAAGAGAGGGAACUCGCCAUCACCCGUCUCGGCCGAUCAAAGACAAAGGCGUGGGACAAGACGGUAUUCCAGCGCGUCCUCCUCAGCUGGCAAUUCUGGCUCCUUCCCACCGUCUUCAUGCUAUACUCCCUCAGCGUCCAAGCAAUCGGCAACAACGUGAUGCCCCUCUGGAUGGCCUCCCGCGGCUACACCGUCAUCCAGCAAAACAACUACCCGACCGCGGUCUACGCCACGGGCAUCGUCGCGACCUUUAUCUACUGCGCCGUCUCGGAUAGGCUCAGGUCGCGCUGGCAGGCGUCGCUGUGCAUCGGCUUCACCUUCAUCAUCAGCAGCGCCAUCUUGAUUGCGAACCCGCCUGAUGCAGGCUACUUUUUCGCGUUUUACCUGAUGGGCACCACGUAUGCGCCGCAGGCGCUGUGGUAUUCGUGGAUGGCGGACUUGACGGCCCAUGAUUUGCAGCUGAGGGCGAUUACUACGGGAUUCAUGAAUUCGUUUGAUUUCGCAUUUGUGACGUGGUGGCCGUUGAUCUUCUACCCCGUGACGGACGCGCCGAAUUACCGCAAGGGAUAUAUCGCUAGUCUGGUGACGGGUGCGUUGACCGUUCCGGUUAUUUUGUUGAUUGCGUUUCUCGAGAGGCGCGGGCGAAAACUUGGUAAACUUGGUAGUGUCCGCGACGAACAUGCAGAGAACUCGAGCGACUCGGCUGAAUAG